CUUUAUAACAGACGGACCCAUCUAAACAAUAUCACCUGAUCAAAUGAUUUCCCUUCUCUGUGUUUUUAACAUUAUUUCAACACGUUUAUUCUAUUUUAUCGCAUCGAUUUAAUAGGUUAUUGUUGCUCUUUUUAUUUUUUUUAUCGCUCUUUGACGAUCGAUCUCUGCAAACUUAGAACAUGACAUCUAAACCUACUUGUCUGAUUGUGGCCAGUGCUGCACCUGCAGGAGUAUCAGCUCGAUCAUUUCAACAGUGUUUUACUAUGUGCAGUUCAGUGUUUAAUCUGCAGACAGCCACACCUGGAGGGAAGCCCAUUGACUUUGUCGGUGUGGAUGACAGCACAGCCCGAUGGGUGCAAGAGUUCAGCAUCAAACCUUAUGCCAAUCCGGCUAAACUGGAGUCUAUCGAUGGUGCCCGUUACCAGACGCUGUUGAUUCCAGACUGUCCGGGGGCCCUGAAUGACCUCGCGCACAGCGGCUCCCUCGCACGAAUCCUGUCGCACUUCACAUCACACCAAAAGCCCAUGUGCGCUGUGGGACAGGGUGUAGCUGCUCUCUGCUGCGCCACAGAGGAACAGAAGUGGAUAUUUAAAGGCUACAGCAUGACUGGCCCGUCUGUAUUUGAGCUUGUACGUUCUCCAGACUUCGCAAACCUGCCACUCAUUGUGGAGGACUUCAUUAAAGACAGCGGUGGAUCUUACACCGCGAGCGUUGUGGAUGCUGUUCAUGUGGUCCUGGAUCGACAUCUGGUGACGGGGCAGAACUUUCAGUCCACAUGUGCAGCGGUCAACAAUCUGGUCCUGCUGUGUAACGCCAGAUAAACGUGUUCAGAUUCAACAAAAGAUCCCGUCACUGAAUGUGAACCUGAAGUAUUAUCAUGUGUAUUACACUAUUGAAAGGAAAUCAAUCACGUCGUCGAGUCUUCUCCACUUCAAAUGUUAUGACAUACCAGAGUUUAAAUGAGAAAUAUAUAUGACUUUUUAUAUGAUCAUUUAAACGUUUGUUUAAUUUGUAAAAUGUGAACAUUGAAUUUCAGUGUGAGGAGGAGGUGCAAAACGAAAACCUUUUCAAGAAUAAACUCUGUAAAUAGAUAUAAUACAAAUGGAUAUGUUAAUGUUUAAAGUAAUUUCAAUAUUUUGCUGCAGAAUAGCAGUUUAACAAAGCAUGUUUUAAAUUGUUUUAAAUAUGUUAAUAUCUUUUAUAACCAAAAUGUUCUGUGCGUCUAUACAGUAUGUGACUGUAGUACAAUGAACACAAUACAGCAGGAAAAACAAACGAAAUUUGGACCAGUGCAUCACAAUUGUAUUCCUCAAUAAAAAACGCUUCAAACUG